UGCCGGCCGCCCCAUGUGAACCGUGCAGGACUAGCAGCCGAAGCGAUAAAGAAGCAGCGGUGUACUGCUCACUGACGAGUCGGAUCUACUGAGCCCGCUCGCGGCUCAUCGUACGGCCGGCGUCCAUUCGCUUCGCAGUUACAGUAUCGCUGCUGAUCUUGGGGGCGUGUGCCGGUGGACUGGACUGGGCUGGACUGACCGUCGGCUGCUCUGCACUGCUCGCAUCUACCGACACCCACCCACAUGGGGAAAGGUCAAGAGCUCCUCCCACGUCCAUCUCCAUGGGCGCGAUCUGGGAGGUGAGGCACUGAGAGGAGGAGGAGGAGGAGGAGGGGGCAGAGGUGGGAUAGCUCGUGGCAGAAGCCAUGAGCUGGAGGAGAGGAGGAGGGGAUGGAGGGGUGUCGAGGAGGUGGGCCGUCCUGCUCUGCGUGGGGAGCUUCUGCCUCGGACUGCUCUUCACCAACAGAAUGUGGACUUUGCCUGAGGCAAGCGAGAAUAUUGCUAGACCAAAUGCAAACGGAGAGGGAGGCAACAUGGAAGUUGCUGCAGAGUGUGGUUCUAAAAAGGUCCAAGAAAAACAAGAUUACAGGGAUAUUUUACCAGUCCAAGAUACUCAUCAUGAUGUACAAACACUAGAUAAGACAAUAGCAAGCUUGGAGACAGAGCUCUCGGCUGCAAAAUCUCUGCAAGAAUCCUUGCUCAAUGGAUCCCCUGUUGCAGAGGAGUUCAAAGUUUCUGAAUCGAUUGGGAGGCGGAAGUACCUUAUGGUGAUAGGGAUCAAUACCGCAUUUAGCAGUCGCAAGAGAAGAGACUCCAUACGUUGGACCUGGAUGCCUCAAGGUGAAAAAAGGAAGAAGCUUGAAGAAAAGAAGGGGAUCAUAAUUCGUUUCGUCAUUGGCCACAGUGCUAUAUCAGGUGGAAUAAUUGAUAGAGCAAUUGAAGCAGAGGACAGAAAACAUGGGGAUUUCAUGAGGAUAGAUCAUGUCGAAGGAUACCUUGCAUUAUCAGGCAAAACCAAGACCUACUUUGCUACAGCUGUAUCAUUAUGGGAUGCAGAUUUUUAUGUUAAGGUUGAUGAUGAUGUGCAUGUGAACAUAGCAACGCUGGGACAGAUUUUGUCGAAACAUGCAUUGAAGCCCAGAGUAUAUAUUGGAUGCAUGAAAUCUGGACCUGUCCUAUCUGAAAAGGGUGUGAGAUAUUAUGAGCCUGAGCACUGGAAAUUUGGGGAAGCAGGAAAUAAGUAUUUCCGACAUGCUACUGGUCAAUUAUAUGCUAUUUCGAAAGAUCUGGCAACCUACAUAUCUAUAAACAAGCAUGUCUUGCACAAAUACAUAAACGAGGACGUUUCAUUAGGAUCUUGGUUCAUCGGGUUAGAUGUUGACCAUAUUGAUGAUAAAAGGCUUUGUUGUGGUACUCCACCUGAUUGCGAAUGGAAAGCUCAGGCGGGGAACAUUUGUGCCGCGUCAUUUGACUGGAGAUGCAGCGGCAUAUGCAACUCCGAAGGGAGGAUCUGGGAAGUGCACAAUAAGUGCGCUGAAGGCGAGAAGGCGCUGUGGAAUGCCACUUUCUAGCCCAAAGGAAACAUCAACAGAGGCUGUUGUAUACUAGAUCAUCUACUUUUGACUCUGUUGUUUGUACAUUGUCCCACGGUUUGUAUGUAAUUCAUUUGUAGGUAGCUGUGGUUUUGUGACGGGCUAACACUGACGAAAGCGGACCACAAUUUUAGGUAGUGUCUGUCUGCCGGUGGCGGUGAAACUGAAGAAGGGUAUAUGGGGUGAUGCAUUCUUUUGAGCGGUAAACGUUUAAGGUGGUCAUUUUGUACCGAUUCUCCUGUACUGCAUCUAUGGCUGCCAAUAUGUGAAACCAGAAAUAAAAACUUUCCUUCC